AUGCAGCUAUCCAAAACCACAUCGCGAUUCGCCUCUGCCUCCCCAUCAAGAACCAGACUCGCUUCCACCCUCCUCCCGCGCCUCCAACAAACGACGUCCCAACCUCCCCUGCGUCGCCUCACUCUCAACCACCCUCCAUCCCAAACACCCACAACCACAACACGAAGAUCCCAUUCCUCCUCCUCCUCCGCCACCGCUCCGGGGGAAGAAAAAGAAGAAGCCGUCCACCCGCCCGACUACCUCGACGAACGCGAACGGAAAGUCUUCGAUAUGAUCAAGGAAUCCCUCCACCCGACCAAGCUGGAAGUGCAAGAUAUCUCCGGCGGUUGUGGUUCCAUGUACGGCAUCGAUAUCGUGAGCGAGAAAUUCCGCGGGCUGAGUGUCAUCAAGCAACAUCGGUUGGUCAAUGAGAUUUUGAGGGAGGAGAUCAAGGGCUGGCAUGGGGUGCAGUUGAAGACGAAGGCGCCGUGA